AUGGUUGAGGACGAUGAUUCAAAGGAGAUGGAAAAAAACAAAGGAAAGAUGGUUGCUGACGAUGAUUCAAAGGAGCUGAAGAAAAACAAAGGAAAGAUGGUUGAGGACGAUGAUUCAAAGGAGAUGAGAAAAAACAAAGGAAAGAUGGUUGCGGACGAUGAUGCAAAGGAGCUGAAACAAAACAAAGGAAAGAUGGUUGCGGAGGAUGAUACAAAGGAGACGAAACCAAUGUUAACUUGUGCUCUCUGUUUCAAGAUACUUGACACAGACUCGGCCGCAGUCCUAUCUCAGUGCCUCCACAGAUUUUGCUUGGGAUGCGUUACUGGCAAGAUACUAAGAGAUGAUUGGAGUUGUUGUCUACUCUGCUUCGCUGAACUUGGUCCCCAGCCUCUCGGAGAAUACAGGUCAGAGUCGGAACUCGAAAUUUCUGAAACUUCAUCGUCAUCCUCCUCCUCUUCUGAAGAUUCGGCGUCAUCCUCAGACUCUUCUGAAGCUCCUAAGCAAGAAGAUAUGAAAGAUGUAGAUCCAUCAGUUCAAGCAAAGAAGAAGCACAAGAUAAACGAACAUGAUUGGAAAUGUUGUCCAGUCUGCUAUAAUGAUUUUGGUCCAGAACCUCUCGAAGAACUCAGAUCCGACCAGACUUUCGAUAGGUUGAUUCGGAUGAUCUGGGGGAAACAAGAAAAUGUGGAGUUGGAAUCCGAAUCUUCUUCGUCUUCAUCCUCCGACACUUCUGGAUCAUCGUCGUCAUCCUACGACUCUUCUGGAAACCCAGAGCAAGAAGAUGCGGCUGUGGAAAAUGGCAAGCCAUUGAUACCGAGUAAGGCUGAGGAAGAUGACAACAAAAUUUUGAUGCAACCACUCGUCGGUAACAUUGGUGUCAAUAUGGAGCCUACUGUUUUUGGAGCUUCUUCGUCAUCUCCCAUGGAUAUGAAAGAUGUCAAGCCAUUGACAAUGGUUAAGUCUGAAGAUGGUACGACACCGUUGAUGCAAACACAAACCGGUGAAAGUAGUGUCGAGUCGGAGAGAGCUGAUGAGCCAGUGGAUGAUGAGCCAAUGGUUGAUGAGCCAAUGGUUGAUGAGUCAAUGGAUGAUGAGCCAAUGGAUAAUGAGCCAAUGGUUGAUGAGCCGGUUUUGCAUUCUAAUGGCUUUGAAGAUCAAAACCAUGUCCCCCUAUCCAAUGAAGAUACAGAGGAGGAAACCUCUGGUGGUGAAGAAGAAGAUGCACCACAGCAAGCAGCUGAUCCUGUGGGGAACGAUGCACCACAGCAAGAAGCUGAUCCUGUGGGAAACGAUGCACCACAGCAAGCAGCUGAUCCUGUGGGGAACGAUGCACCACAAAAUGCUCUUGGAGACAACAAUAUUCCACUCUGGGAUACCGAUGCACCAUUGCCACAAAUCCCCUCUCGUUACCUGAGGAUCAAGGACAGUAACUUACCUGUUUCAUAUGUCCAGAAGUACGUUGCAAUGAAACUCAAACUCGAAAGCGAGGACGAGGUGGAGUUAUACUUGAGGAACCAGCCUUUGGAUCCAUCGAUGUUGCUGUGUGACUUAUUAGCGUAUUGGAUUGCGACUGCAUGUCCUCGAAGAAUCGUUACAAAUGUGGGAGCUUCAGGUGCUAAUUACAUGCUGGUCCUCUCCUACAGUCGCAAACCUAAACCCGAGAGUCCGUGA